CCGCCACCCGCCAGGGGCCCCGCACGGCCAGGACGGAGUGCUCCCCCCAAGCCACAUCCCGCAUCUUUGUGAGAGCGUUUAUUCAUCAGUUUCUGGAGCUGACGUCACCUCCCGAGUCGGACCCGGCCCGCGCUGCGGAAACCCCGCGCACUGCGUGGUCCCCGCCGGCCUCUGGGACAUGGCCCCGGGGGCGCUGGCGCUGCUGGCGCUGCUGCUGCUGCCGCCGCCGCGCGGGCUCCCGCCCCGCGCCGCCGGCUGCCCGGCCGCCUGCCGCUGUUACAGCGCCACGGUGGAGUGCGGCGCCCUGCGGCUGCGCGUCGUGCCGCCCGGAAUCCCCCCGGGGACGCAGACACUGUUCCUGCAGGACAACAGCAUCACGCGCCUAGAGCCGGGCGCCCUGGCGCCGCUCGCCGCGCUGCGCCGCCUCUACCUGCACAACAACAGCCUGCGCGCCCUCGAGGCCGGCGCCUUCCGCGCGCAGCCCUGCCUGCUCGAACUGGCGCUCACCCGCAACCGCCUGCGGGGCCUGCGCGGCGGCGCCUUCGUGGGCUUGGCCCAGCUACGCGUCCUCUACCUGGCCGGCAACCAGCUGGCGCGCCUCCUGGACUUCACCUUCUUGCACCUGCCGCGCCUGCAGGAGCUGCACCUGCAAGAAAACAGCAUUGAGCUGCUGGAGGACCAGGCCCUGGCCGGGCUGUCCUCGCUGGCCCUGCUGGACCUCAGCAGGAACCAGCUGGGCACCAUUAGCCGCGAGACACUGCAGCCCCUGGCGAGCCUUCAAGUCCUGCGCCUCACAGAGAACCCGUGGCGCUGCGACUGUGCCCUGCACUGGCUGGGCGCGUGGAUCAAGGCGGGCGGCCGGCGGCUGCUCGGCCCCAGGGACAAGAGGGUCGUGUGUGCCGAGCCCCCGCGCUUGGCGCUCCGGAGCCUCCUCGACGUGUCGGGCAACAGCCUCGUCUGCCUCCCGCCCACUGUGCAUGUGGAGCCGCUGGAGCUCACGGCCAACCUGGGGGAGGACCUGCGCGUCGCCUGCCAGGCCUCGGGCUACCCGCAGCCCCUGGUGACCUGGCGGAAGGCACCCCUGGCGCGCGAGGCCCUGCCGCCGGUGCAGGCGCGGGUGGACGGCGCGGAGCCGGGCGCGGGCGCGGUGCCAGACACGGGCAGCGGCGUGCUGCUGCUGACCAACAUCACGCUGGCGCACGCCGGCCGGUACGAGUGCGAGGCCGCCAACGCUGGCGGCGCCGCCCGCGUGCCCUUCCGCCUGCUGGUCAACGCGUCCCGGCCGCAGCCUCCGCCCGCGCGCCCCACUGGCCGCGAGCCGCCGCCCGAGGCGGGCAGCAUGGCCUUCCGUGCGCUGGGCCUGGCCACGCAGACGGCCGUGGCGGCGGCCAUAGCGCUUCUGGCGCUCACGGCGCUGCUGCUGGCCGCCAUGAUCUGCCGGCGCCGGCGCCGGCGCAAAAAGGCCGCGGGGCCGCCGGGCGAGGGCGCGCUGUUCGUCAACGACUACUCGGACGGGCCCUGCAGCUUCGCGCAGCUGGAGGAGCUCCGCGGCGAGCGCGGGCACGCGAUGUUCGUCAUCGACCGCUCCAAGCCGCUCUUCGCCGGCCCGGCCGAGGAGGCGGCGCCCGGGCCGCGCCGCACCUACGAGCUCCGCUGCUGAGCGCGCGCCCCCGCGCAUGCUCGCUCAGUAAAGGUGGAAGCCGUACCGAGCGCCUGGCCGUGUGUGGGGCGGGGGCGCCGCGCUGGUCCAGCCAGGGGGAGGGGCGGCCCUGCUGAGGGCCACAGCAGGGGGGCGGUCACUCUC